CCACUCUUCUGCUUCCUCUAUACCUUAACUCCUAGAUCUUCACUUCUUACUACCCGCAAGACAGUCUUCCUCCUUCCACGUUUGAAACGUGCGUGUUCAGCAUCCUUUCCUAUUGUUUGUUUCAUUUCUACUACACAUCAUGAAGUUGCCCAUAAUUAGUGCGGCGAUUCUCCUCUGCUUUACUCCAAGACCCGUGCUAGCUCAGACAUUUUCAGACUGCAACCCAUUGGGCAAAACAUGUCCUCCAAAGCCCGCCCUGGGCACGUCAGGUACUUGGGACUUCACCUCAGGUAGUUCCACCGAUUUCGCGGAGGUCGGAAGUCCAACGUUUGGCAGCGAUGGUGUCGAGUUCACAGUGGCUAAACAAGGGGAUGCCCCAUUAAUACAAUCUGGCUGGUACAUCAUGUUCGGGCAUGUCGAAUUCGUGAUAAAGGCUGCCCCAGGCACGGGGAUUGUCAGUAGUGCCGUUCUUCAGUCAGAUGACUUGGAUGAAAUUGACUGGGAGUGGCUUGGGGGCAAUAAUGUUUACGUCCAAAGUAACUACUUCGGAAAGGGAAUUACCGAUAGCUUCAAUCGUGGUGCUACCCAUGAUAACGUGGGAAACCAUGACAAUUUCCACACCUACACUAUCGAUUGGACUAGUCAACAGAUUGUCUGGCAGAUUGAUGGUAAGACCGUUCGCGUGCUGACUCCGGAGACGGCGGCAACCAACCAAUAUCCUCAAACCCCGAUGAUGGUCAAAGUUGGAGUUUGGGCUGGUGGUGAUCCCAAUAACCCACAGGGUACUAUCGACUGGGCUGGCGGAAAAACUGAUUACGAUGCCGGCCCCUACACGAUGUACUUGAAGUCGCUCAAGGUGACCGACUAUUCAACCGGCACCGAAUACUCAUAUGGUGACCAGAGUGGGUCGUGGCAGUCAAUCAAGUCUCAGGGUGGAAAAAUCAAUGGUAAUAUCGCCGCUGAGUCUAUCUCUUCUGUGGAGUCUGCUCCGGCUAUCACCUCAACCGUUGCUAGCAUCCCUAUCCCUUGGAGUGGAACACACCGCCAAACAUCGAGCUUUGUGACACCGAGUGUGUGGCCUUGGGUUCCCAGAGCGACGACCGCAUCUCCAGGGGACUCGAGGGGCCCGGGUCCUCUGCCGAGUGGCUGGACAUUUUCUGGCUCCCGGCAAGUCCAGCCGCCGAGCGCGGCUUCAAUGAUCUUGUCACCCAUCUACAUCUGUGUCAUCGCGUUCCUCGCGGGUUUCAGUUUCCCGCUCUGGCACUAGAAGCACGACAUGGACUCUCCCCCAUUUCGACGGGCGUUUUGACCAGCUUGCCAAAGCAAACGCAGUUGGUUACCUCUCCAGCCCAAUCGACCAUUACCUCUAUUUACUCAACUAUCCUUUUAAUGCGUACAACCACCACUGCCACGGCUGCAGACGUCACAUCAACACAGCCGACUAUCUCUCCAACGCAAUCGCUUCGCACUUCAGCAUUGAUCAUUUCCUCCAAACGACUUUUACUGGCCCUCCAUUUGCUACAACUAAUGUGAGCGGCCCUAGCUACGCCAGAAACAACUCCGCAUCGACGACUAUAGCUCCUAAUAUAGAGGCUGCUAAUCCUAUGUUCGACGCCCCUAUGUCUAUAGUCGCUCCUUAGCCGUGACGAGUAGUGCGACGGAGAUGUUUUAAACAGCCGGGAUGAAUUAGAUGGGGCUCCUUACUAAGUGCACUCAUGAUGGGUAUGGGAUAUGAGGUCACGACUGUCACGACCAAGGUUCGCCACAUGUACAUACACUGCACCUUUACGUUCUCGCAGGUGUCUUUGUUAGCACGAUUAUAAUGACCAUUAGCUAUGUAUUAUACGGAAUUGGAGUUGGUAUUAAUUGCUUCCCAAAGUCAAUGCAAUAAAAAUCCACCAACCACUGUGAAUUCACUUGCCCGGGAGGAGCUGAAGGUAACUUAGGCAGUAAGGAAGUAUAGACUACAUGGCUGACG